AUGUCAUCAAAGAAUGCGAUAACUCUCUAUUCUUUAGGCACGCCUAAUGGUCACAAAGUCUCAACUUAUCUGGAGGAGCUGAGGGCAGCGUAUGGCCUGGAUUAUGACGUCUACAAAAUUGACUUCGGCAAGACGGAACAGAAAGAGCCUUGGUUUAUCGAGAUCAACCCGAACGGGCGCAUCCCUGCAAUCGUCGACCGCUCACGUGGAGGGCCUGAUGGCUUCUCUGUAUUUGAGAGCGCGGCAAUCCUGCUGUACUUAGCGCAACACUAUGAUAAGGAGCACCGUUUCUGGUUCAAGCCGGAAGAGCAGCCGGACGACUACAGCGAGAUGCUGCAGUGGAUUUUUUUCGCGCACGGAGGAGUUGGUCCGAUGCAAGGACAAGCUAAUCAUUUCGUGAAAUUUGCUCCUGAGGAUAUUCCAUACGGCAAGAAGCGCUAUGUCGAUGAGACAAAGCGCUUAUACAACGUUCUUGAAAUACGCCUGAAGGACCGCGACUAUCUUGCGGGCCCAGGGCGUGGGAUGGUUGCUAUUCGCCACUUCGUUGAUAUUUCUGUGGACGAAUGGCCUAAUUUGAAGUCAUGGGUCGAGCGCAUGGCGGAGAAACCUGCAGUUAAAGCUGGAUCUCAGGUUCCGGCGUAG